AUAUAAUCUUUGACUCUUGUUGGUGUUUUGGGGUUUUAGUUUGCGGUUAUUCAUAUUAGCAUUUUAUUACAUAAAAAAAUGUGAAAUGAACUCAUCGAAUUUUACAAAGACGAUAUUUGAAUGCAUGAGGUUGAAGAGUUUAUGUUUCUGGCCUUUGAGAAAGUCAUUCUGCAGCGAAGUACAUAGGACUGACUCGUGGCCGCAGCGCGUUUUUUCCGGGAUCCAGCCGACGGGAGCCAUCCACCUGGGCAACUACUUUGGCGCCGUCGCGAGGUGGCGUGAGCUCCAGGACGGUGGUGCCAACACGAUGUGUUGCAUUGCGGACCUGCAUUCCAUCACUCUGCCGCAGGAACCAUUACAGCUCAAGAAAAAUAUAUACCAAAUGACUGCCACUUUGUUAGCAUGUGGAAUUGAUCCAGAAAAAACAAUUUUGUUUCAACAGUCACAGGUUCCGCAGCACGCGGAGCUGUGCUGGGUGCUGGCCUGCCACAGCACGAUGGCCCGCCUCGCCCACCUGCCGCAGUUCCGGGAGAAGUCUGCGAGCCUUAAAGAGGUGCCCGUCGGCAUCUACGUGUACCCCGUGCUGCAGGCCGCCGACAUACUGCUGUACAGAAGCACUCACGUGCCGGUCGGGGAGGACCAGGUACAGCACUUGCAACUUGCUCAGCAGCUGGUGAAAACCUUCAACAACCGCUACGGACCAACAUUCCCCUCACCGAAAGCUAUCGUUGGAGACCACACUGUUAGUAGGCUGAGAAGUUUACGAGAUCCUCAGAAGAAAAUGUCCAAGUCUGACGCAGAUCCCCGAAGCAGGAUUGAGCUCAUGGAUUCUCCUGCUGACAUAAGGGAGAAAUGCAAAAAAGCUGUCACUGAUUUCACCUCUGCCGUGACGUUCAACCCUGUGAGCCGGCCCGGGGUAUCCAACUUGAUAACCAUACAUUCUCUUCUUAGUGGCCUUUCACCUGAGGACAUCUGCAGAGACUCCUCUGGAUUGGAUACUGGGAGGUACAAAUUAGUUGUUGCAGAAGUGAUUGCAAAGAAUAUAGCACCAAUUAGAGAAAAAGUUAUUCAUAUAAUGUCAAAACAUCAGUAUUUGGAUGAUGUGUUGGAAAGUGGUGCUGAGAAAGCUGUGAGGAUUGCUCGAGAAACGUGGAACGAUGUGAAAAAUAAAGUUGGUUUCACUUAUUUAUUGUAGUGAAUGUUGAUUUAU